UUUCGCCGCCAGCUGGGAGCCGGAGAGGUACCCGCUGUCUGCCAUCUACCGGGCGAUCCUGCUGACGCUGGACCGGCUGAUCGAGGAGCCGGAGAGCCAAAUCAGCGGCUUCGUCAUGGUGCUCGACUUCAGCCAGUUUUCGCUGCGCCAGAGCAAGUUUGUCAACCCGCGCACCGUGCGGCUGAUGGUCAGCGGCUUACAGGACUGUUACCCGGCCCGGUUCGGCGGCAUCCACUUCAUCAACCAGCCGUGGUACGUGGAAGCCAUGAUGUCGGUCAUCAGGCCGUUCCUCAAGGAGAAGGUCAAGGAAAAGAUCUACAUGCAUGGCAACAACCUGGCGGCGCUGUACGAGCACGUGAGCCGACGGAUCCUGCCGGCCGACCUGGGCGGCGACGCGCCCGCCUACGACACGCAGCGCUGGGCGGACGUCAUGAUCAGCGGCGCCUCGUGAGGGGGCCGUCCGCCUACGACACGCAGCGCUGGGCGGACGUCAUGAUCAGCGGCGCCUCGUGAGGGGGCCGCCCGCCUACGACACGCAACGCUGGGCGGACGUCAUGAUCAGCGGCGCCUCGUGAGAGGGCCGCCCACCUAUGACACGCAGCGAUGGGCGAACGUCAUGGUCAGCGGCGCCUCGUGAGGGGGCCGCCGGCCGACGGCGUGCUCCGCCGCUAUGAGAGGGCUCCCGC